AUGAUCUUCCACACAGGACCAACAAAGCUUGCCCUGGUGCUGCUCUGCUGUAUAGCACCCUGGUUGGCCAUCUGCAGGCCGCCCUUUGGUGAACUAACACGAGGCAAGAUAACCCUCAUACUUAAACUCUUGGAACAUGAGUCUAAGGUUCUUUAUGAAAACUAUAGCAGAGGGCCGGCAUAUAAUAUAUCAGUGAACGAGUCACUACAGCUGCCCUGUUUCAGCCUGGGCCAGGAAGCAUUAACCAACACCUUGAGCCAGGAAGCAAUAACCAGCAUCUCGGUUAUCAAAGCACAUCUGGAGAAAGUCAAAGAAUUGAGUGAGAACACAGUAGAUACUACUAAGGUCACGAAACGGCUAGAGGACAUCAGCAACUGCGGCCCUCCGAAUGUGGACAUUUCUGGGCCUGAAAAAAAUGCCUAUGCUCAAAAAGUGUUCAUGCUUACUGUUUUAAAGCGGUUCUCAGACUGCAUGGCAGAACUGCAGGCUACGGCACAGCAAUGGAGGGAGGAGCCCAGUGUCCUCAACAAUACCUGUCCUGAAGGGCUGAGCUCGAGUAAGGUUUAA